AUGUCCGAUGAACAACGAAUAACACCACGAAUCAGUAAUCAGCGAAUCGCAAAAAUCAAUUCCGGUGAAGGAGAGAUGGCACAAGUUAACAUCGUGAAGAAGCUUUCCAUGCUCGCAGUCGUCGUCGUCGUACUCUCGGCCGCAUCAUCCGUGUCGGCUCAGGCUCCUGCACCUUCUCCCGAUGCCGGAGCGGCCUUCUCUCUCCAUGCUUCCGGCGUAAUGAUUGGAACUUCUCUGCUUCUCUCCUUCGCCGCUAUCUUUAGAAAUUGA